ACUCAAUUCGCACAUAUAAAUGAGUUCAAGAAAUUUAUUAGUUGGGUUAGCAAAUUCACACAGUAUUGGCAGUCUUUUCGUCCAUUCAAAAGAGAAGAUAAAAGGGGAUAUCCCUCAAUCUGUUGCUAAUGAAGAAACUAAGUUAAAAAGUCAGCGUUUAAAUAAGCCUUUUAAAGAAGAAACAAAAGAGCAGAACAUUUUUAAGAAAAGGAAGAAAUCUAGACCAUUUAGUGCAAAAUCUCAAGUUAAAAAAUUGAGGCCAACUAGUGGGAAACGAUAUCAGAUUGAUAAGAAUAUUAGUAAGGUAAAGCCGAGGAAUGUUAGCAAGCUUAGCUACACAAAGGAUAAGAGCAGUACAAGGAAAGAGAGAUUGAGGUUGAAAAAUCUUAAGACAAACCAAAAGCAUUCUUCUUUGAAACAUCUUUUGGGUGAUCUUGAUGGGCAUAAAUCCAAGAAAGAGAAGUCUCUUGGAAAGCCCAAAGCCUAUCAGACUAAUUUGAAAGAGAAUAUUGACAUAAAUAAUCAGAGAAUGAAUUAUAAUAGCUCGAGAUCUCGUCAGGCAAAGCUUUGUUGAAGCAAGUCUAAUACUAUUGUCAGUAGUCCAAGACAGACUGAAAACUUGAAAUUGGAAAAGGGUUUUGGGAACAGAAAAUCCAGCUUUGUUAAUCUUAAGAGAGAUAAAGAAGGAAUUCAGCUCAUUUUCGCUGAAAAUGUAGGGAAAAUUUCUGAUAUAAACUGCAAGAAUAAUCUGCAGAAUACACAUUCAUCCAAAGGCUUGAAGUUAUUACAUAAUAUUGAAAAAGAUUUCAAGCUGGAGCAGUCCACCUCCAAGGCUGUGCACAAAAAUAUAGAUACGAACAGUACUUUUGAAAGUGUUCAUAAGAAAAUACCAGAAAUUGAAUAUAUUAGCUGUUCUAAAGGCAAAACUCCUAAGAAUAAAAUAUUCUCUUUUCAAAGAUCAGGAAGAGCAUCAGCAUUCUCAAUUACAAAACCCACAGUUAUUAAGAAAAAGACUGUAAUGUCCUCUUCUAGACAACUAUUAAGAAGAGAUUGGGCAACUUCUAGAAAAGAGUGCAAACAUGAUAAAUAUACUAAAGAGUUAGAGUCAUUCGUCAAUGAUCUCACUGGGAAGAUAGAGAAUGAUCCUAUUGAAAAACCACAUAAGCCUAAAGAUCGAUCCUUGAACAUCAAAGGAUUUCAGAAGAUCAAUACUACUGCCCCAAAAACUUCGACAAUGGAGAAAAAGCAAGAAACUGAGUUAAAAAAUGCUCUAGAAGAAAUAAACUGUUUCAGGACCCUGACACUUAAAGAUAUCACUGAAGCACAGAAAGAUUGAAAUAAAGAACCUCCCAAUGCUGAUAAAAUUUCUUCAUCAGACAUAGAACAAAUUCGAAAGGUUAAAAAUUCAGGAGUUAAUUGGUCAUGCAAAAACAAGCAGAUCGAUAAGAAGAAAAAUCCUAUCAAAAAGAAGAAUUUCAUGAAAAUCAGUAACAAAAGAGAAGGCAUAAAUAUCAAGCGAGCUUCUAUUAAGAAAAGGCGGAAAGGAUCUAAGCGAAAGAGAAAGACAAGCCAGAAGAAAUUGAAGAAUCCUCAUGACUUAACAAGAAAGGCAAGGUCCAUGAACAGAUCAGGUUGAGAGGAUGAACCCACUUUUUCUCCAUUUAAGGAAGCAAACUCUAGGAGCAAUAAAGGCAAAGUUUCCUUAUGAGUGUUAAACCCUUCAAGAAAUUGUAAGAAAGUUAGUGAUAGGCGUAAAGAAUCAAAGACUCAUACCUUAGAUUGAGAGAAGAAAUCGCAAAAGGGGUCAAACAAUUGAGAGGCAGAGAUCGGUACAAUCAAAAAAUCUAAGAAGAACCUAACAAACUCCACUGGCAAGAGAAAUACUUCUGAAGAGAAAAACUAUCACUUUUCCUCGGAUCAUAAAAAUUACCAAAGAAAUCUAUUGGAUGAGACAAAGAUAUUUGCCAAUAUAUAAAGUCUGAUUCCAAGAAAGCACAAAAGACAGUCAUUAAAAUGCCAAAAGUGACGAAUUUCCUCUCAACUAUUGAAAAGAAUGAACACCUAACCUCUGGGAAUGAAAUUAGAGACCCAAGAAAUAACCCCAAGAGGACUGAGACAACUCAAAAACAGAAAUCAAAGAGGAUAUAAACCCUAACAAGAGUAGACCUCUGUCUGGAGGACCUCCACAGUCAAAUAAUCCUAAAGAUAAGAGCCUGGUUAGGAAACCAAUUAUUACUACUAGACCAAGAACAGCAAAGCAUCCACCCAUUGUGCUUGAGGGUAACCAGAACGUAUCAAAUGCACCUUGAAACUAUGAGAGCAAUGGAAAAGAUUUUGAUAUCAACUCAAGAUGUGCUCCAGAAAAGAUCCACAAUGAUAACAAAAGCCAGUUAAGUCGUCUUGAGAGCUGAUCAAAGAACUCUGGAAAUUUCAUGAAAGACUUUAGAGUAGUCUCUAGUCAGGGUCCACAAGAAAUAAUCGUGAAAGACUCACUAAAACAAGGGAGUCAUCCAAACCUGAAGAUAAAAUCUGGAAGUAAUUUUUGCAAGACCAAGUUUGGUCAUUUGAAGCAAGUUGUUCAUCAAGAGCAACAAAAGAUGCAAUCAAGAAAUAACCACCCAAGCCGGGGCCUUAGUGGUGCAAAUUCACUUAAGAUCUCUCUCAAGAAUAUUUCUGAGAUAGACAAUGACUUUCAGAUUUACGGGUUAAAAGAAAGAGUCGACUUUAACAAUAAGAGAAUACCUCAAACUAAUGUUAAACUGAGGAUCAAAGAUUCUUCAAGUAAUAAGGAAAAUAAAUGUAUGAAGAUAAAUAGGCCAAACUCAGCGAAAAUAAUUAGUCAUAAUUUUGGAACAAAGUUGUUAAAGAGAGAUCCCUCAGUUACGAUCAUUAAGAAGCAGAUCACUGAAAUACAGAAUGAAGAUAAAUCUGAGCCUAAUAUCUUGAAUCAAGAUACUCAUGAGUGUCAUAAAAUUGGCUCUAAAAUUUCUGCAAACAUUCCAAGUUUUGAGCAAUAUAGUAAUGUUUCAAAGAAAGAGAACGUAAUCUGAAAUAACCCUAACCUUCAAAAAGAAAUUAAGGCACUAAAACAGAUAGAGACACCUUCGGCACUUGAGUGAGAUCUACAUGCUGAAAAGGAAGAUGGAGAUGAAUCUUCAAAAUCUAUUUCUAAAGCAAACCAAGGGCAGAUACCUUCUAAUGAGAGAAAUAAGGCCAGGCUUGCAGUAAUAUCCGAAUGAGGAAUACAUGAAAUUGAAGCUAGUGGCUCUAAUAAAGAUAAAACAAAGAAAGGGACACAAGGGGUACAAUACCAAGAUUGAAGGAAUUUUUCAUAUGAUGACCCAAAGCUCCAUUCAACACCUCUUCUGAAUGUAACAAACAAAUGCAAUUAUGAGGUUAACGAUAAGCUGUGAAGGGUAGACGAUCCUCAGGAUGACAUCUCUAUCAUCUCAAGCAGAAUUGAGACAAACAGAAAAGCUUUGAAUAUAUCUAAUUUUGAUAAAUUACCUAGAAAUCAUGACGGAAGAGUUGAAAAUACCAGUUUUCUUAGGUCUGUCUGAAAGAAAGUGCCAAUAUGUAAAAAUGAUAUACAAUUAGAAAAGUCAAGGAAAAAUCUUGCUCACGUUCGUUCGACUGAUAAAACAAACAAAUCAAGUUCGGCCAUUUGAAAUGCUGAUAAAGAUAAGAAAUGUUUGGAUAAGGAGUAUUCAAAAUCCCUGACCUUAUUAAAGAGAUCUACAGUUAAGAAACAUUCGAAAGAAUUUGGAAAAUACAAAGAUUCAGAUGACGCUUUAAUAGAAAAUUAUAAAUCUAUUAAAAAGAAACAAAGUUUGGUAUCUCUUAUUAAAAAUAUCAAACCAAGACCAGGAUCUGCUGGGAUAAAUCCUUCAAACCCUCUUGUUACUCAAAAGAUAAAAUCUUCUCUGAUGCUUCUGAAGAAGUCUAUUUUGAAGAGUAAGAAACUGGGCUCAAAUAGGGAACCAGGUAAAGACUUUUAUAAUCCUUUUAAAACACAGGAAUUUCAGAGAGAGUCUCCUAAACCUCAAACUUCAAAAUUCAAGAGAAAAACCAAAUCCAGCAGUUAUUCUUCAAAGCCACCUCAUAAAAGGAAGUAUUUUAAAAGCUCUAAGGCAAUUCCCCCUCUCCAUAGUGCAAAAGAGGAUCCCCCAAAUGACUUGAACGGAAAAAUCCUUCAGCAACUACUAAACCCACACAAAAUAUGUCAAAAAGAAUAUCUCCCAACCCACCCUCGAAACCCUUCUUCUCGUCAGCCUCCUAAUAAAUCUAGUAAUUCCACUGCUUCUCAAGAGAAUGAAUCCCUUGAUGGAUCUCUGUUCGAGAACAGUACAUUCGGGCUUGCUUUCCAGAUCCCUGAAUAUACAAAAUUUCUCAAAUACCAGGUCAAAGAGUUUCAAGUUAUGAGUAAGACACUGGAAAAAGAGACUCUGAAGAAAACCAGAGAGCUAAAGACAAAACUCAAGAACCACAAGAUCUCAGAUAGGUCAUAUAUAGAGGAAAUCAAUAUGAUCCAGGUCAAGGAGAAGGCAAAGAAAUAAACAGAUUAAGACCAACAAGAAGAAUUUUAUCAAAAUGUUAGGAAAAUUACACAAGGACUCUGAGAAAGUGAACUAUAGAAAAGAAUACAAGAGCAGUAAGAACACUUCAGGGAUUUCUAGUGAAACGAACUCCUUGCAAUACGAAGAGAGUCAUGACAACUUGAACUCAAUUGGGAAACCUGACUGCUUUGGCGCUCGCUUUGGAAAGAAAACAUUACUAACUUGAGAUUUAAGCGCUAUCAAUAUCUUUGGAGUAAACUCAGCUCCAAAGAACACUUCAAAAAUUGGCAAGAUCUUUGGGGGAGUAAAACAGAACAAUAUAAGCACUGAUUCUACUAAAGCUGUUAAAGUAAUGGUGGGGUCAGAAGAUAAGCAUUUAUUUUCAAUGAUCCCCUUUGAAGAGUAUAAAUCCAAGCAGAUGACUUCAAUUUCACCAGCAGGGUCUUUUCUUGAGUCUCCAGUUGUUGCUCAAAAUUCUUAUCAAGACCUUAAAAACAUAAAAAAUUGGAUAGAAUCAAAUAACCUUGGCAUUGAGUCAUGUGAAGAAAAGAAGCAAGAAUAUGAACCAUCGGAUGUCUCUCAUUUUUCUUCAUUAACUUCAGAGAUAGAAGAAACCAAAGGAUCUCAAAAGCAAGAACAAAAAGAUGAAGUUAUUCCAGAAAAUCAGAUUGCUCCUACAAACCAAAAUGAAGAUGCUUGAAAUACUCCUUUGCAAAGUUGCGCAGAUAUUGAAGAAGGAAUAAAAUUGCCUCUGAUUAAGACUAAUUCAGGCCAAGGGGGCCGUAGAACUUCUGAAGAAGAGCCUCUAGAUCAAGAGGAUGAUAAGAAUUAAGUCCUUUGGAGGUGACAUUGAAAGCAAGUCUUCGAAGGUUGAUGUCUUUAUCCCUUCGAAAGAACUUUCUCCUAAAGGGAAUAAGAAUGAACACAAUUCUCACCUGAAAACCCAAAUUGAGUCUAUAAGAAAGUCUGACGAUGCCAAGAUUUGUAAUAAAGCCUCAGGAAUGUUGGAAGCUAAAGCGAUAGUAAAAUCAGAGAAUGGGAAACUUCAACCUCAAGAGCUUAAUAAAAACGAAGAAUUAUUGGUAAAGCUUAUAUCUAUGAAGGAGCCGGUUGUAGAUCCUCUUACUGCGAUGAAGCAGAAACUUUCUCCACAAGCAAGAUUAAGUAGCACAAAGAAUAUGAAACAAAUGAGGGAACAGACUGAAAUAAUUAGUAGUAUUACCUAUGAUUUGAUCCUUCAUGAUAUUUUUGAACUUAUGUUUCCUCCAAAAAUCAAUGUAGCCGCCUUAUCAAAGGACUAUGCUCAUAUGCCAAAACAUAUUGCUGAAGAUUUAUAUCAAAAGAUAGAUUUUUCUAGUAGCUCAGAAAGCGAAUCUGAUACCGAGCUUGACCAAGAAAGCUCAGAUAGUAGCACUUACUCUGCUUUAAAAAUCCCCACUGACUCUGCUUAUGUAAAGCAGUAUAUAUCUGAGGUUCUUCAAGAAAUUGAAAAAGACAUGCCCUCAGAAAUAGGGGAGAAUCUUUCUGUUCCAAUAAAAAUAAAUGAUCUUAUUUUAUUAAGAGACUUGCAAGGAUCUGAAUACACUGUAGACCAUAUUCCAGGAUUUGAGACUAAAUCUAUCAUUGACAUCCAAGUCUACCUUCGCAAGGAAAGAACUGAUAAAGCUGCAAAGGAAAAUGAAAGGAAGAAAUUGAUUAAUAGUGUGAUUCAGAAAGAAAAUUCAGGGUCCUCUCAUAAUAUUAUGAAAGAAUUGGAUGAGAAGAGUGUCGAGACAACUUAUUCAAUGCUUUGAGAGUACCAACAUAUACAUAAUAAAGCAAUUUUUGAUGCCUUGAAUGAAGCCUUGGAUAGAAGGAGACCUUAUGGGCUACGAGGAUGACCUCCAAUUUGGAGCAGAAAGCUUAAGGUGCUCUCAAGCAACUUUUCGAAUAUUUGAAGUCUUAAGAAUCCUUCUACUCAACCAAUUCAAAAUGACUCAGUGGGUCUGAUUCUAGAUCAAGCAAGUAAACAAGUUGAGACAUGGAGUAAAUAUUUUGCAGGAACCCUACCAACCUCUGAACUAUUUCAGAAGAACAAUUUAGACGAUGAUGAAUCUAUCGACCUAAAACAAGCUCGAGAGGACAGACUUUGUUGAGUUAUUAGUGAUGAAAUGGAUGAACUUAGCCAAAGAUUUAUCGAUAUUGAGCAUGAGUUCACAACUGUCAAAAUAGACCUCGCAAACAUGAUUUCUGAUACUAUAGUUGAAGAGACAGUCACUCUGCUGCAAGAGAUAGAGGGCAAUCGAGCUUAAGAGAAGGAUUUUAGGUAUUCAAUUUUCCAACAGCAAGAUGG